AUGGAUACGCCACCAGUCACCAUCUACAACCUCCCAACUAGCCCAGCCAGGUGGGACUGGGUUGGAGUAUUCUACAUUGACUUUUGCGUCGUUUGGACCCUCCUGGUUCUAUUUGGUAUGGCAUUCUGCUGGAAAAACCGCACCAACCCAUUACUCAGACUCCGCGGCCUCCUUCUUUCAUUCUCUGCCAUUAUUCUCCUCCACAUCUACUGGAUCCUCGGCCAGAUCGUGUACACAGUCGGACCUACCAUACCUGUAGUUCUGGCAUACGACAUACAAUAUUUCUUUAUGGGAAUCUGGUUCCCUCUCGGCAUUGCUCUUUUCCACGCUAGCAACAGCCGACUUCUUCAUGUAGCUAAGCUGCAGAAGAAGUAUAGCAGUGCAGGCUUGAGAGACCAGUUUAAUGCGGCACAGCCUUGCAAUUCUUGGGAUUGGUAUGGUCGUUCAGGCACCGAGAUCAAGAGUCAGGCACUUACUGAGCAAAUAGUUGAGUUGGGUCGGGGUUGGGAAUGGUGGCCCUCUGUACUCUGGCAAGUAGUUUGGACAUGGAUGGUUGCACCCUUUCUGCUUUGGAGGACAUGGAAUAUCCGCGAUGCUACGGGGUGGCGAACACAAACGAUCGGCUGCUGCCUCUCCAGCCUACACGCAACACCUAUGUUCUUGACUGCAAGCUAUGUACCAGCGUUCGCGCCUGUCAACUUCUACUUCCCCCCAAGCUCAUGGAUUCACGUCUCAAUCUUUCUUAUCGAGAUCUUUGCUGUUUUCGUCCCUGCAUUCCAAGUCAUCAAACAACGUGUCCUCGUCAAGCGCAUCGAAAGUCUGAAUAUUGAGUGGUAUGCCGCCUCCUCAACAUCCACUCUCCGAGAGCUCAAUGAUCUACGAAGAGGUUCUCAGGUAGCUACUCGUCUCGGCGAAAAGGGAGGAUAUGAAUCGUCAGAUCAAGAGAUGAAAGACACCCUUCUGACAAUCAGCGCCUUCAACUACACCCUGAACAGCAAUCCCGGACCCCUACAAGACUUUUCAGCUCUGAACGACUUUUCAGGAGAGAAUAUUUCUUUCUUGACUGAGGUUACUAGGUGGAAGAUCUCGUGGCGUGCAGAACCAGACGAGACAGACGUUCGAGAUGCGUAUAAUGCUGCACUGGAUAUAUACGCCACCUUCAUCAGUCCUCGCGAUGCUGAGUUUCCACUGAAUCUUGGAUCAGCAGAUCUCAAGUACAUGGAAAAGAUGUUCGAGAGAGCUGCACGAGAGACAUUUGGACAGGCGAACGUGCAUCCAGCUAUACCGUUUGAAACAACGACGUCCCUCGAGUCAGCAACCACUUUAGUUAUGGAGAGACCUAACUAUAGUGGGAUCAUCCCUGCCGAGUUCGGACCUAAUGUCUUCGAUUCCGUUGAGCAACAUAUCAAGUAUCUCGUUUUGACGAACACAUGGCCAAAGUUUGUCAAGGAGAUGCAGUCACGGAGGCGAUCUGAGGAAACAACACGGAGUGGUUAUUCGGCUCCGUCCGAGACAUCUAUUGUCUGUCAUCUCUGUCCUGAGUCUAGCUUGACGCCAAUCCCCGAUGACAUCUCCCCGGCGGAAUCAGGCGGCUUUCCCGACAUCAGCAUGGAUUUUCUUCAAGAUCUAGACAUGGACGGCCCUGAAUAUCAGUUCAUGUUCCAAACACCAGAUAACAACCCUCCAUCCACCGCAAAUGAGUCACCAGAUGGGUACAGCAAGAUAUAUCCGUUGUUGGAUGGAUAUGAGAAUAUUCACCCAGAAACGCUUGGGCUUAGUGGAGAUAUGGAUCCUUAUCUGCUUCAGCGAUAUCAAUCAGAUGAGCACGGUACAUUCAAAUUCAAACAGCUCGCCAUAAGAUCAGUGAACAGCAACCCACCCGUUCAGUUCCUAAUCUCACAGCCAUCUCUGUUUGCUCAAAUUCGAAAAGAUUCCGGACAUACUGGCGCGUCGAUAUCAUCACAGAGAGCAGAGCUUGAGAAGGCUAUCUCACCAAACAUGGGCAAGCGAUUGAUAAGUCUUUACACCAGAUUCAUCGCACCACAUUACCCAAUAUUGUCAAUCGACUUUCUUCCAGAUCCUGCGACAAGUGCGCCUUGUUUGCUAGCUGCUAUCUACUCAAUUGCACUCCCUUUCGCCAUGUAUGACGACCAACUCUGCAUUGACAUGGCGUAUGACUCACCUGAUGCCGAAGACCUGGCCCAUCUCAUCAAUACCGCGAUUGCUUUCGACAUUCACUCACCAAAUAUUGCCACUGUUCAAACCCUCUUCUUACUUAUAGCCCGACCGUCUUCAAACCCACUCGUGUCAGAUGCAUCGUAUCGAUGGACAACGAUGGGAACGCUUAUCUCGGCAGCUACAAACAUUGGGCUGCACCUUGAUCCCUCCCUUUGGAAUAUCCCAUCGGCUCAAAUAGCUGCUAGACGCAGACUAUCAUUCUUCAUCUUCGCGAUGGACAGGUGGUUAGCAGCCGCCUUAGGAAGGCCACCUCAUAUCAAUCGCGAGAACUGGUUGGUGGACGAGCUGUCGGCUCAAGAUGAACUUGCUUCUGGCCUCGAUGCAUCGCAGUGGACCAACAUAAUGGCCUUCUCAGCUCUCACAUCCUGUAUCACAAAUACGCUUGAUCGGCUUUACUCUCUUCGAUCAUCGAGUCUGAGACAGAGGCCAGAAGAGCUACAAACAACCGUGUUUGAGCUUUCAGGAUCUUUAGAACGUAUUCAACCUGAUAGAGCAAGCUCCUUUGAUCCCGAUAGCGACAAGUCGAUGCCUGGAAUGGCCAUAAAGCUCGGCUACUAUUACACACAACUACUAAUACUACGCGCUGCCGUUCACACCCAAGAUUCUCACCCUUCAGCAGCCAGCACUUCAGAUCAAUGGUCGCCACGCGAGAGGCUGAAAACAGUUCUGGAACGAUAUUCUGACUUCCUCAAGACAUUGAAGAGUGACGAAACAGCAGAGCACUGGCCCCCUUGGUGCCAAAGCGCAUUCUCGUCCCUCUGUUUCGCCAUGUUGUUCAUGUUUGUCUCAGCCACUACAUACGAAGAGGCACUUUCAUCGAUGAAGCUUCUCCAAGCAACACGGAAGCAAAUGCGUCUCAAAGCCAAUGCUUUCGUAGUCAUCAGACUGGGUCUACUAAGGAUGGAUGCCAUAUUCUGGCGCGGCGUUGAUCAAGUUCUCAAACUGGAAACGCACGUGAAGCUUGCGUUGGAUGCGUCAAAGCAGACAACAUGA